AUGAAGAAUGCCAUUUGUAUUCAGUCUCCUUAUGGAAACCAGCUGUGGUGCCCUAGCCAGUCUCUGUGGAGCUUGAUCACUGAUCAUGUUCCUGGGUCGGAGCUGCUGAAGGUCUGUACAGCACUGGGCCACUCCCUGGUUGACAUGUACAAAGAUGUGCACAUUGAGGCGGAGAUGUGGUACAAGAUGUGGCAGGAGAGCCAUCAGGGAAACAUUGGCAGCAGGGCGGGGACCCCACUACAACAUCCAAGGGGAUCCUUUCUCCCAGACCCGCCUGCAGUCAAAGAGCUGCUGAGAGCAGAGGUCAAGAUGUUACUGCAGACUCUCAGUGAGAGGGCUGGCAAGGAGGGAAUAGACGAUGAAGAGCUCUUGUUUCAGUACAAACCUGAGACGGUGGACUACGCCCUGGGUCACCUUAACAGCUGUCAAAGACUCUGUAUCGACUCUGCAGAUUCUGAUUGUGGAAGCAGACCGAGCUCUCAUUGUUCGGUCCGGUCCAGUGCUGCGGAUGAGGUCCAGUCCAUGAGAGACAAGCUGAAUGUCACUGACAUUGACCAAGUGGUGGAUCGACUCAGGUCUGUCCUAAUGGAGGAGUGUGGAGAGUUGAAAAGACUGGUAAAGUAUUUGAAGGGAAAUAUUAAACAAAAAUGUCGGAGUCAAUUAGAGAAACCUGAACCGACACUUGCAGAGCUGAGAGAGCUAAGAGGAGCUAUACAAAUGGACUUGGAGCUCUUCCCUACUUCUCUGACUGUUUCACCUUCAAGAUCCUCGCCUCUGCCUUUGAAGGGUUUGAAAAACACCUCCAGACUGACUGCAGGACAAAAGGUUUCUGAUGAGACUCCACUUUAUUUAGGCAGCAGAGCGUCCCUAAGACCACAUCCACCUCCUCUGCUGUGCCAGACCAAAUCCAAGCCACCGCUCAGAGCUUCUCCUAGCAAGACAUCUGCAUCAGUUAAAGUCAUUAAUAGUCCUUCACCAUCGAGGACUCAGGGGCAGCUCAAAAGCACAUUAGCCUCCUCUGGACGUAGAACAAUUCAAAUACCUAUCUGCACAAGGAUCUCUACUUCUGGGCAUGAAGACAGCCACGGCACCACUUCACUUCCAGGGCCUGGCAGGGACCAGAUAAUGGAUCAGACCAGAUGUGACGACCACAGUGUUUCUCCCUUUACAUCAAGUCCUGGUUUGCACAUAGAAACAUCAAAAAACUCACCCAUCCCUGACACUCAUCAGUCAUCCCAUUACAGGAUUCAUAGCACCAGCUUAGAAUGUGAUUCAUCACCACAAGGAGAGAGAAGAAGAAGUCCUUCCUGGAGGCGCAAUUGUUCUGACCAUUCAGUGCCAACCACAGGGAGCACAAAGACAAAAAAUAAGGGACAGACUAAAACCUGUGGAGGUGGUAUAGUGUCAGCAACGGUGAAGACGAGCAACAUUCAGUCUAAUAACUCUCAUCCACAGACUGGCCCCAGAGAAAGCAACAACAGUAUGGACAGAAAUAGAAAUGGUGUUUUGAGAGGGGACACCACCAGGCCAGGACCUAAACAGUUAAAUAAACAAUACUUCACUUCCCAUAAAAGACCACCUGAGGGAACCACAAGUCAGCAGAAAAAAGUCCAAGAGGCAAAGAGGGAGCUGGAGUUUAUUGGCAAGUUACACCAGCCGGUCCCUCCUCCAAGAGUGCCAACUUGAAGUCAGACACUGACAAGACAAAAACAAGAAGAUAGUCUGUUAGGCCUGUUGCAGAGAGAUACAAGUGAGGUUCGUGCUUCACUUUUUUGUGUCAAAAAUGAAAAGAAAGGGAAUAAUGUCAAAACUGUGUUUGGUCAUUGUGUUGUUUUUUUUGCACUGAAACAUUUCACAGUCGCCCCUCUGCUUCAAAAUGUGAGUUGUGAGAAAAAUACUUUUAUGUUACAGAAGUUGUGGCGUUCGA